AUGGCCAAUGCAUCGGACGCGGCGCGGAUCAAGGUGUGGCCGGGUAUCAAUUCCGUGCUUCAGCCCACCCUGUCGGGAGGUGGUGGCUCCGGAUACGUCAAGAACAUCACCUACGAGAAGUACGAGAGCAUUAAUAACGACUGGGCCAUCCGAGGUCAAUCAAUGCUACGGUCAAUCGAACCAGACUCUAUGCGAGCUUUACCCGAGUCCAUGGAGGGGUAG